AUCUGUUAACACGUUAGUCAAGUGUAUCCUCCAAGAGGAAUAACAAUACACUCUUUAAAAAAUGUGCUUAAAAAGGUUCUUUGAUGCCAUAGACAUAGAGGAACCUAUUGGUUCCAUAAAGAACCUUUAACAUCUGAAGAACCUUUCUGUUUCACAAACCCUGUUGUUUUGCAAGACUCAUUAGCCAUUAGAUUAAUGGAUUUGCCUCCUGAACAACAAAAACUAUCCAUAGCGCUAAAAAUACAGAGCUUUGAGGAGUGUAGGAAAUUAUGAAAAGUGGUGAUGAAACAUCCCUUUUCCUGUCACAGCAGACAGUAAAGGGAUAUUUCACCCAAAAAUAAAACUUAUGUCAUCAUUUAUUCGCCCUGUGAUUCAAAAGCUGUAUAUGACUCUAUAUUUUUAAUUGUAUUAUUUGAUGUUGAUGUUACAGCUUCACGAGUAGCAGAGACUGGCCUAUGCAGUUCUUCAGAGAAAUAUAACAGAUUCCGAUGCUUUAUUUCUCCAGAGGGUUUGAUUUUGUUUACAGGAUUUAAUGAGGCCUCCAUCGCUCUGGUGUAGCACAGAUGGUUGCUGAUGUACUAAUGUCGGGAGUCAUGGACACGAGCCACUUGAUGAGUAGCAGCUAACGUUUCUAAUAAAUAAAUAACAUGCACCCUCAAAUGUUACCGUGUCACAAAUUCUGUUACACUUCUCCUCCUUCGUGUGUGGGUGACUGGAGGAGUGAGAGAAGCCUACAACAGGAGUUAGCAACAGAACCAAGGAAGAGGAACCAAGGGCCUCUGUGGUGUGAGUGGGUGCCACAGUCACAUGCGCUCUUCGAGUUCAUUUCGCCUCACACUCCUCCAAAGACAGCCAAUGGUUUUCACACUGUGGAUUUAAAUGGGCAACCUUUAGACGCUGCAGUGUUUCGUUAGGUUUCAAGCUCUGGUAAUUAGAGAGCUCCGUCUCCCAGCAUCACAAGGACUGUGUUACCAUGGCAACUAGCAAGCAGAGCUUUGCGAGAGCUGCCGAGCCUCAGUGUUCAGUGUCUGCACAGAGAGAGGAAGAGAUGCACGUUAAGGCCCCUCUCACGACUAUGUAUGUCCACAACGGUUCUGCCCCUGGCCUGCAGCCAUAUCCUCAGGCUCAACCCCGGGCCUUGCAGGAUGCAACGGUUGUUCCAGUGUUCCUGCCAAGGAUGUGUAGCAACCAGCCUCUGCCCGCUCUGACAUUCCAUAUAGCCAGCAGCACUCCUUUGCAGCAACAAAGGCUGAGUGCUCCAGCGACUUCAUCCAGACCCAAGUCUACCGGAAAACAUGUUUGUCCACACUGUGGCAAGGACUGUCUGAAGCCCAGCGUGCUCGAGAAACAUCUUCGCUGCCACACAGGAGAGAGGCCGUAUCCGUGUACCACCUGUGGCAUUUCUUUCAAGACUCAGAGUAACCUCUACAAGCACAAGCGCACCCAGGCUCAUGCCCGCCUCUCCAAUGAAUCUGACAAAGGUACUUUCAGCAGCCAGGAGAGCACGGAUAUUUCAAAGGACAACCGGGGCAGUUCAUCCAUAGAGAUUCAUUUUGAAGAGUCAGCUGAUAUAAAGCAGAGUGAUGAAGUUUUUCCUACAGUGUCAGUGACGACAGAGUGCCCUUCGGAGGGUAAGACAAAGUCUGAGACAGGAUGGCCAUUACACAAGGCUGCAGUUGACGGAUUGAGCACUACACUACAGGAAAAAGUCCAUUCUUUAUGCGCAACUGUGCAGUUAUCGCCUGAUGUAAAGGAUAAUUAUGCUUGCAAAAACACAAAUGCAUCAAGUGAAAAUGGACGAGGACCUCUGACACCAAAUCGGACACCCCUUCAGAGGCAAGAAGCUUUAUUUUCCAAGCCAUGGGAGUCCCCGACAUCCCGUGGAAAGUCUCAAAGCCACGACAGUACAGACUCUGGUUUUAGCGACAUCUGCGAGCAUCAUUUAUCCAGCAGUCCUGGCUCAAGUUUGCACGAUCCUAGUAUAGAAUCAAUGCCAGAAACCACCAUUGAGCAUCAAGAACUCGAUGCCUCCCAGGCGUCCUCAAAGAUGACUCCUGAUGACCCCAAAAGCAAAGUAUCUAUUCAGGAGAAACAGAAGCUGGAAGAGCGAAUUUCAAAGCUCAUAUAUGAGAACAGUGUUUUGGUGGAGGAUAAGCAACUGGAAAAUGUGCGUCCAAGGAAGACGGUAUUGUCGAAACAAGGAAGCAUUGAUCUUCCCGUGCCGUAUACUUACAAAGACUCCUUCCAUUUUGAAAUAAGGAGCAGCAAACACAUCACAAGCUCACAAAAACAAGACAAAGGAGGUGGGGCUAUUUACAGAUCUGUGCCUACACAACACUCCACUAGCCUGGAGCAUGCACCGUUAACACGAAGCAGUUCUUUACCUUUUACCGUGGGUGGCAAACACACUGAUGGUGCCAUUAUUACAAAUCUUAGCAGAAGAUGUAGUGCAGGGCACGUUUACCCAUCCAUAUCAACAGACCAACAAGCACCGUGUCAUCGCUCACUAGUGAGACAGGCAGCGGUCGAUUGUCAGCCUACUUCAGAUGGAUCCUCGGUCGACAGAACUAGCAUCAGCAGCCUUAGUUCAGAUGGAGACAGCACUGACAUUGCAACAGAAUCAAGUAUGAAAGGAAACUACAGGAAGAAAACACGGAAGUUUGACUACACAAAAUGGCACACUUACAAAGGGGGAACAUUUAGGAAACUCUACAAUACUGACAGAGACUGUUCUCUUAAGACCAAAAAGACUCCGCCUAGCAUUGAGCCAACAGAGGGCAUUCAAAUUAGCCAACCAGGAGACAAUGCGUCUGUGUCUCUGAACUUUACUUCCUGUUCUGUUGUGUGUCUUUCCCAAACUGCCAAUAUGUCAUUAGCACAGACACCGAACCAGGCCACUUCUUCAUACAUUCUUCUAAAUAGUUCACCUUUGGAGAAAAAGGGAGAAUCUACACAGAUUUUAACAUUACAGAAUGAUCCUAAAUGCUCAUUUACCAACUUUGAGACAAUUAAUGUCAAUAGUACAGUUGCGGAAAGGGAAAAAUUAAGAAUACAAAGCACCGACUUCCACAUCCCAUCAGAGAGAAAGAAACAGCGCACUGGAGAUGAUGUGCACAUGCUCAGUAUGUCACAUCCUAGAAUGGGACAGGUGAAUGCAAAUCUGCAUGGUUUAAUAGGUCAACCACGGCUGCCAAAUUGUGCCAUCGCAGUUCCGGCGCAAAACGUCAACGUGCCAAACCUCCACCAGCAGAGCAGCUUUACAUAUCAAUUCUCAAAUCCGAGUCAGUUGUUGUGUAAGACACCCAACCCUUUUUUUUGUUUGAUCAAUAUGAGUGGGACAUCUGGCAACCCAUCUGUUUCUACCAGCAGCCUGGCUCUCCCUGAAACCAAGACCAGCUUUCCUCCCAAGUACCAGCUGAAGAUUCCUUCUCCUACAGAUGGAGUGUCGGGUUCAAGCUCCACUUUGGAACAUAACACUUCUCCAAACCUUUCAGCUCUCGGUCAAAGCCAGUGUCAUCCUGUGAACAGUUUACUGUCCUCCAAACAGUGUCAAGCUGCUUCAAAGGUUACACCGUUUGUCGAAAGUAAGCAAGGUACAGUGUGUGAAACAAGCUCAGUACCUGUGUUAUCGCUUUCCUCCUCAGGGCAGAAUCAUACAAACACUUUAUCCAAAGUACUGACACAGAUUCAGCCUACAACGCCUACAUUUUCAUUCGUCUCACCUACUGCCCUCCCAACAGUGCAGCAUCAGAUAUCUUUGUUACAGAGUAACUGCACAAGAGAUGUGGUGGAAAACCAGUCAACGGGUCCUGUAUCAUCCUCGCAUCCUCAAAAAACUUCAGAUGACAUUCAGUCAUUUAAGUUACUGAACACAGUAUCAACAGUUAGUGGAUCUGCUGAUACAACUGUAAAAAUCGACUCUUCAGCAAAGAUAUCACCCACAGUCCAAAACCAGCCUGUUUUCACAUUUGAAAAACCUCCCGGUUUUACAGAAUAUACACAAUCCUCAGUAUUUGAGAGUACUCUGAACAGCACUGUCUCUAAAAUGGCCACUGGUGACUUUCAAGGCUCCCAGUCUGAUGCAAAAGUGAUUCAGUCACAUGCUCAAAACACGUUUUACGUACGAACGGCAGAUCUUCAGAUUGUCAUGCAGCUAAUUUCAGACGAACAGUUAGCGCUAAUAGAGCCUCAUAUUGAAAAAACAGAUAUCAGGCCAGCACAAAGUUCUGUGACAUCUAGCAUUUGUGCAAACCAGAUAUCUCUUUUACAGGAUGCAUACAAGGAUAAUGGGACCAAUGUGUGUGUGACACAAAACAUGGUAAAUAAUGACAAGAUGGGCCAAAAAUCUGAAACAAUAAUCUUAAAGCCUUGUGGAUUUGAAAAUGCUUGUGGUUUAAACUUUCAAAAUGUUAAAUAUUCAGCUGAGGCCAACACCAGCCUGCCAUGCGUUUCAUCUUGGUCACAUUCACAGACACAACAUAUCUCAGCCUCAGUGGACAACAGGACAGAUCCAGCAGGACAAUUUUAUGAUUCGCAUAAGAUAUCAAAGAACUUCCAAGACAGCGAAUCUGUUGGGUUUAAUUUCAGCACAGAGUCGUCGCAUCACAAACAAGUUGCUGGUGACAAACCGAGUGAACUUGAUUUAAUGGACAAAACAUUUUUGAUAAAACAGGAUGGCAAAGAGUGCUAUUCGGUUCACAGCCUAGAUAAAAUCAACUCUUCUGGCCCCAAGGUGGCUUUCAUCCAGGAUCAAACAUCUACAGACAGGAAACAAGAACUUAACAUUGAAACAACAGAUUGUUUAAAGGAGUCAAAUCACACCCCAAUUAUAAAAAGUACUGAGCCAGUGGAGCCUAACAAAACAAGGCAACUCAUGCCAGUCACAUUGUUAAGAGAUGCCGAAGGGGUUCAAACAGUGAAAACCACACAGUUCGGAUUUUAUUUAGCAGACAAAACGAUCCCAAUAACAACUCCCAUGGAAACACCACGGAUGGAAAAAGCGCUCAUCUCCACAAUACAACCAUGCCAGAGCAAGUCGUGCUGGGCUGCAUGUUCAGAUGCAAGAGAAAUGAAAGAAUGUGACACAGGUAAGCUCAAGCUUGGAGCCCAGGGGAAUGAAGCAUCUACACAGUAUGAAAUCCAGCAAUCCUUUGGGAAUUAUAUAGACAAUUUUAAAGCAUACAGCGUGGUGCCAAACAGGACUUCAAACUGCAUUCCUGGAGACAGCUUUAAAUGUGAAGAUGUCCAUGUCAAUCUGGAUACAUUUACAGGACAUGGAGAGGAUGGUGCUCUUAAAAGCUUGUGGUUUGAGAGGGAUCCUGGGACUGAGAACAAAGAAUCACUCCACAAGGAAUCUGAGGAUGCAGAUGAGGAGAAAUCAGACACAAAGAUGGCAGAUAAGAACAACACAUGCCAGAGUUGUGGUAACAAUGAUAAACAAGACAAACGAGAGGAAGAGUCCAGUCAGACAGCAGCUCAAGCUCACCGUCAGAUCUCCCAGGAAGUGAUUAAUGUGUCCCUCAACAUUUCAAACCCGACUCAGCAUGACAAAUUCAACGUUCCAAACAAUCCAGCACCAUCUGUUUGCAACAUCCCUUCACAGACCUGUCAACCUCAAGGUCAAGAGGGAUGUUACAACUACACCAGGAGAGACAGCGAGGAUGGAGUCUUUGGAAAAGGCACUUCUCCAGAGACCAGUCAAAGAGAGACAGCUUCUCCUGGAUAUGCGCUUGUUUCACCUUCUCCAGGUUUGGGUGUGGCAGGAUUUGCCAAUCAAACAUGCAGACAUCCGUUGGAAUGUCCAAUCUUGGUGAAUGCCAACCAAAAGGAAACACUUACAAGGAAUGUUAUGACCCAUUGGACCUGUGCAAAAGGCACUGAAGUCCAGGUGAUCUCCCCACAAAACAAACUGAAUAGCAUGACUGUAUCAGGCAGUGUAUUGCAACACCACUGCAGUGCUUCAACGACUGAGGCGGUCAACACAAGUACAACUUCAUCAUCAUGUGCCGGACUGAUGCAUUCCAACCCACCACAUAAAACAUACAACCAAAUCACCAGUAACUCACAGACAGACUCAAAACUUUUCAAUUCAGCCAGUAACAGUUACCUUGAACAUGAGGACAGUAAUAGCAGCAGUGACGAUGAGCAAAAAUUGGUCAUUGAACUUGAGUAAAGCCAAAAUUAUAAACAUUUAUAAGAUGUUUUAUUACUAUAAAUGUGCAACUCUAUGGCCACUAGCAAUCCCGCCUUGAGUACAAAAAGCAGAUCAUCAAUUCUUUGGGGUAGGGGCUCUGGACUGAGUCUGGAGCAAUUUUAAGAAAAAAGAUUUAUGAUACAUUUAAUCUCAGGUUUAACUUUGAAAUCUUUUGUUUUAUUGUGACCCUAGCAAUUUUAAAGAUAUCAGUCUUUCCCCAUUCAAGUAGAUAGGACUUGGUCUCAUAUGACUGAAAUAGCUGCUGGAGGUAUCACAAUUAUGCCCAAGUGAGAUAACUUCCCUUAAAGGGACUGAAAGGUAAGAAAUACUGUACACACGUGUUGUUUUUAUAUCAUGCUGGGAACUUUUUAUGGCCAUCAGUUGCCAAUAUAUUAUGAUAUUAUGAUUUGUACAUCCACCUUAUACAGAAACCUUUUUACAAUUCAAGAUAUUUAUUAUUUAGUCAGUUUAUGAAGCUGUUUUCCCACUGCUCCCCAUAAUGUCAACUGUCAGUCAAAAGUCUGGAAACAAUCAUUUAUUCUUUAGUAUACCCUUUCCACAAUUUAGAAGACAGAGUUAUGGAAACUGUAAAGGUUAAACAAAACAAGAAAACAUAUAUUUUAUCUAUUUCACGGUAACCAGUCUUACAGCUCUCAACCAACUGAGGUGCAUCUUGGGAGUUCCCAUUGAAUGUGACAAAGAAUGAUUUGUGACCCAGUCUAUGAGAACCCAACUUAUGUCAUAUUUUUCUGUGAAAAUAUAACCUUGAUAUAUUGACCGAUUAAUGCCAAAUCACAGUGAAAUGAAUGGUUGAAAUCAAACCUUGAUGCUCAUAAUCUCAUAAUUAGAUUUUGAGACUUUAGCCUGAAUUUCAUUAACAGGGUCACAUUUUCUGGUCCAACUUCUUAAAAUUGUAUUAACUUUUUUGGUGAAAUGUAUGCAUAAGCCUUAAUAUAAAAUGCAAUUAUAAAUCAUGGCAAACAUAAAUUAGUCAAACCUUUAAGAAGUAGUGUAUGUUAUGUUAUAUUUGAGGUCUGUGUCUCCCUUACAAUGUCUAAGUUCAUUCCCAUUGCAUUUGAGAAAAGAACUAUAAAAUGAUCAAAACGAUUAUAAUAUUUUAAUAGGUUAGUUCACCCAAAAAUACAAAUACUGUCAUGAAUUACUCACCCUCAAGUUGUACCAAAACUUGAUUAAUUUCUUUGUUUGGUUGAACAAAAAGAUAUUUUGAAAAAUGUAAGCAACUGAGAUUUCGGGGGCACCAUUGACUACCAUAGUAAAAAAAAGUCAAAGGUGCCCCUUUCCAAAAUUCCUCAAUUGAAUGUAUUUUGUGUUAAACAGAAGAAAAACAUCUAUUUUUUUCUACCAUGGUAGCCAAUGGUGUCCCAUAAAUGUCAGUUGCUAACAUUCCUCCAAAUGUCUUUCUUUGUGUUCAACCGAACAAAGAAAUGUAUACAGGUUUGGAACAACUUGAGGGUGAGUAAUUCAUGACAGAAUUUGUAUUCUUUGGUGAACUAUGCCUUUAAGAGGUUUGGUCACAGUGAGAUGAAAGAAAUUCAUAAUUUCUACAGUAUGACAGAUUGCUUGCACAUUCAGUUUACUCUUCUAUAACUAACACUCUCUUAUCUAAAUAUGACACCAUAAUAUUCAUUAGUCAAUAAUGUGCAUUCCCUCACCGACACGCCUACACACACAAUUUUCUGAAUGUUCCUACAGCCUUGCUAAAGCAUACAACCACAAUUAACAUUCAUUUCAUUCCUACAGCUGGUUACAAUUGUGUUUACACUUAAAAAAACAGACAGUCCCUGCAUCUGCAUAUACAUCUGUAAAGAGGUGCACCUGUGCUGUGAAUCAUUUGAAAGUCUGUAGGAGUUUGUGGCUCGGUUCUGUGAGGGCAUCUGGAGAAGGCACGCACUGGAAUGCAUACUUUCUCUUUAGUGCAUGAUCUUUAUGUGAUUCACUAUGGCUGAGUCAGCACAAGCAUAAAGUCAUGGGCUGAAAAUAAAUUCCCACAGUGGUGCUUCACAGAGAUCAGUCAUCGGGCCUCUGGCAAUGAUAUUAAAAACAAUGUUUACUCAUUGCAGACAUUACAAACUCAUCACCUUUGGCUGAAUGUCAGUGCAGGCUUACACAAAGACAUUUGAUAGACAGUCUCUGUACAAUAACCACGGAAGUACCAUAAAGUUACAUUCAGUGAAAUGGUUUUGAGUUUAUGUACUGCUAAUAUCACCAGUACAUUGUUUUUCAUUUUUGAUAUAUUCACACUGUGUGCUUUCUGAAAGGUUGUUCAGUGAAAUGACAUGUCAAAUUUGAUUAAAGCCAUAUUGUAUAUAUAAAUGUAUAUUGUACUUCUCAAAAUAAUUUUACGCAACAUUACAUCAACGUUUUCUUUCUAAACAGAGAAUAAAAGAUAAAUGAUAGAGGUCAACUGUUUUUCACAUCUGUAGAGACCCUGGCUUAGAUAUUUUCCCUGUUCAUGAGUGUUUAAUAUGGCUCUGCAGGAAUUAUCAUUUCAGGUUGAAAGGAAAUAGAUCGUAUAUCUUUCCUUUUUAUUUUUCUUCACUGCAGAGUCUGUUGUAAAUUAUUGCCCCAAGCUAGGGUCAUAAGACGCUAAAAUACAGAAAAUACAGAAGCACUCUUGCGCAUUAUAAUGCUUGUAGAUUGUGGAAUGUGAAUGUAAAACAGGGAACAAUCCACACCACAAAUUAAUGCAGGAAUUUCCCUUUAAACAACCAAAGGCUCUUGGAGGCAAGGUUAUUUUAGUUUGCUAAAAUUAAAACUUUGAAAACGUUUCUGUUCAUUGAAAUAAAAUAAAAUAAUCGUAAACAUUUUAGGAAAAACUAGAACUAAAUGAAAAAUUUAAAUGUUGCCUCCAAAAUUACCUUGAAAAAGUUUUAAAGCCCAAAAAUGAUGAUAAUAAACAAAAACUCAAAUAAAACAAAAAUAAAGAUGAAUUAAUCUUAUA